AGCCCCGGUGGCCGAGUUUACUGCGGUGACCGCGUCCAGCCCGGUGACCCUCCGGCCCCCGCUGGCCCGUCCCUCCAUCCCUCCAGUGUCCCGCGGGUCCAGCAUGCGCCCUCUGAGCCUUCUCCUCCUCGUGGCCACCCUGGUCCUCCUAAGCCCCCAAGACCUCGUCGGCCUGGCCAGGAGCCUCCCAGUGAGCCCCGGCGACAGCCCAGCAGUGACCCAGCGCCUCAGCCGGGCCCAGAGCCUGCUGGAGGCGGUCAGCGCCUCUCUGCAGACGGCUAGACACACCCUGGCAUCUUACUCCUGCUCUCCGGAGGAGACUGACCACGUGGACAUCACGAGGGACAAGACCAGCACUGUCCAGGCCUGCGUGCCCUGGGAGCGAGCCACGAAUAGCAGCUGCCUGUCUUGGGAAAAGGACCCCCUUACGAUGCGCGACCUGUGCCUCGGGAGCAUCUCCAAGGACCUGCAGCUGUACCGGCUGGAGUUCAGGGCGUUGCACGCGAAGCUGCUGAUGGACCCGCAGCAGCAGAUCUCUGUGGACCAGAACCUGCUGGGCGCGAUUGAGGGGCUGACGCAGGCCCUGACCUCGACCAGGGAGUCGGAGCCUGAGGCCCCGGCCGCGGGGGAACCGGACCUGUACAGAGCCAAGGCCCAGCUCUGCGUCCUGCUCCAGGCCCUCCGUGUCCGCGCGGUGACCAUCCACAGGAUGAUGUCCCACCUGGCCGCCUAGGGCGCUGCCGGCCCUCAC